CGGUCAACGCUGCGUUACGGCGAACGUUCCGUAUUCUAUUCCUUUUCACAGCGUGCCAGCGUUAAUUUUCAAAUAGCGGUAUUUUCAUUUUUUCAUCCUGUUUUAUUCGUGCGUUGAUAUUGAAAUGUACGGUUUGAGUUGAGAUCAGCAUUUUCUGAUUAUCUCAGCGGUAUUGAGGUGAUCAAAAUCUGAUACUUCUUUUAGUUGAUGUUAGAACGAAUUAUAAUAGGAAAAUAGGUUAGACAUGUCGGAUGAUGAAAGUUGCUUGUCCGAAGAUGAAAGUGAAGUACUGGUGUACGUCGAAUGUGAGGGAUACGUUGACGGCAGCAUAUUUAAAAAUGACAAACUUCAACUCGACAUUAUCGGCAUUGACUCCGACCAUCCGAUCAUGCAAAUCAACGGAAAGUUUUAUGAAGGCACGUAUCACGAUGCGGCGGGAACUUACAUGUUCUUUGAAAGAGAUGAAGCACCAGUUGUAGAUGAUCCUGCCUUUGAAACACCCGCAACAUUGAAAUAUUUUGCCAAAACUAGGAAGCUGUUGAAAAUGGAGAGAGUAUUCACCAUGCAAAGAACUGAGGUCUUAGGAGACUCGGAUCAUUUGCACUAUCUGCCUAAUAUAAGUACCAUCAAAGAGGCUGGUGUUCCGCCAAAGUAUCAAGACGAUGCUUUGCAAUUCUGGGAGAGGAUGCGAGAUGAUAGAAUGGAAGCAUUAAAAAUUUACUUAGAAAAGCAAGAAAUCAGAGAUGAAAAACGGUUGAAAGGAAUUGAACUUGACUCAGAAUCAGAUGAUGACAAUCCGUUUGCUAUGUAUAAGUCAAAAAGUAUGAAAGGCGCAAACAGUGCACCUUCACAAUCCAAGCCUCAACAUACCACCUCAAACUUUGCUGCAGAUAUCUCUGAAUCCGAAGACAUUGAUAUUUCAAAUAUAUUGAAUAAAGUAAUGAAAUUAGACUCGAGUGUAGACGCAGCUGAAGAAGGUUGGAAGAUAAAGCCUGGUGAAAAAUUGACGGUAAUAGAUCCUGGCCCUUCGACUUCUAAACAAACUCAUCUUGACAUGCCGUUGUUGGCUUCUAUGAAAAAAAGGAAGUCGUCAUCCAAAGCAAUGUCCAAAUCAAAGUCAAAAGUUGUAUUUAAAAAACCGAACAGAAGAGCUCCUAAAUCAAAAAAAUCUCAAACAACAAUCCACAGCUCAGAUGAAACGAGUAAAGUUAGUUCAUUAGUGGUAGAGUCGGACUUUGACGAAAUUCGAGUUCCAGUAAAAUUGGAGGUACCGGACAAAGAAGAUAAUAGUGAUGAAAAAACUUUAGGAGCAGCUGAUGAAGCAAGUAUGAGUAGAAAGUCGGUUAGUUCAAUGUCAAAGAGAUUAGAAAAACAAGCAAAACGUGAAGCUAAAAUGAAAGAAAUUUCAAGAAGGCUCAAGGCACACAAAGAUGAGUUCCUCAAGUCCCAGCAUCAUGUUAAUGCACGUCAAGAUUCGGGAAGCAAGACACAUUGAAAUAGCUUUCAUCACUGUUACAUGAUGUUAUCAUAACAAUUUAAAUAUUGAUCAUCAUUGUGCCAGGACUUGCAAAAGUAAAGUGCUCAGCAAAUGAAACUGUUGUGGGUUGAAAGAAUUUGGAGACCAGAUUUUCAUGAAGUUGUGAAUAUGUCGAUUGUAAUGGUAGUAAAAAUAGUUUCAGAAGUAUUUCGUAAGGAAAAUCUCAAUUCAAAAGUAUUACGACAUAUGGGCUCUUUCGCAACUAAUUAUUCUGUCGCGUUCUUCAAGUAAUAGAUAAAUGCAUUGGCAUCAAUUCUAGUCGUUCCUCAUCGACUCAAAUCAAACUCGCUCUCUAAUCUCGCAAAUUCUCGCAGUUGAUACUGGACAAUUACUUUUCAGAGUAAUUGUUAAUAAUUAUACAUAUUUUUCAAAGCAAGACGUAGUGUUUUGGUGUGCGUAUAAGUAUAAGGGUAAAUGUAUCUUAUUUAAACAAGAAUCAUAUCAUUAACAAAUGAUGUAAUAUAUUUUUUCAUUUUUGUAAUAUACAAAUUAUGGAGUACAAAUUACGUAACAUUAAACGUAAUCACAAAGUUUACAAAAGUAUGGUUCUAGAAGUAAUUUACAAUGUAUUAGUAAACAUGUGUAUGUUACAUAAAGGUUGCUAAUAUCAUAGCGCAGAAUAAUUGAUACAAAACAGUACAUUCAAUCAGAUCGAAUGAGAUCACUACAGUAUGACAAUAUAUCUUUCUUAAUUCUACAAUUAAAUUAAAUAGUCAAUUUUAUCUACAUUCUAAAUGAUAUAUUUUACGCAGCGUGUUACAUCUGCUUGCUUAAUGAUUA